GAGGACUCAAGAGUCAGAAGCAUGAAACAGAAUUUCAAAACCAAACUCCCAAAUCUUUCGGAAAUCCAAAACAAUUUCUACCAAGUCCCCAUCAACACGUGGCCCUCAUCAAAAUCCUCCGCCUAUAUAAUCGGCUCCUCCAUUUUCGACGGCGGAGCCUACUCCUCAGCAUGACUGUCAAGGGCGGAAGCACCCCUGCCUGCGCCGCCUGCAAGUACCAGCGCCGCAAAUGCAGCCCCACGUGCCCCCUCGCCCCCUAUUUCCCAGCCAAUCAGCCCAAGAUGUUCCAGAACGUGCACCGCCUCUUCGGCGUCUCCAACGUCACCAAAACCCUAGAUGCGCUCAAGACCAAGGAGCAGCGAGAGGACGCCAUGCGCUCCAUCAUCUACGAGGCAGACAUGCGCGAGCGCUUCCCCGUCGACGGCUGCUCCGGCGUCAUCGCGCAGCUCACCCACCAGCUCCGCCUCGCCCGCGACGAGCUCGACUACGUCCGCGCCACCAUCGCCGCGUGCCGCGAGCAGGCGGCCCUCGCCGCCGCCAAGCCCGCGGAUUGCUGGCUCGAUUACGCACCCGGCGAAGCCGCGGCGGCGGGCUUUCUCUUCAACGACGGCGCCUGCGAGCCGUGCGGCUCCGAUACAAUGAGCAGUAAUUUGAGCUCGAUUCAAGCGCAGAUGGAGGCGUUCGUGAUUCAUCAGAAGAGAAACGUGAGUGUUGAUUUCGGAGCGCAGCAGUUUAACAACGCCGCCGCUGUAUUUGAUGACGACAGACAGUCUUCUUAUAUCGAACCUAAAAAUGAAGCUUUUGAAUCCAGCCUGGACUCAACAUUAGAUGAUGCGGAGGAGAGCGGCUGCCGGAGGGAGAUGCGAGGUGGUGCUGCAACGGAGCACGGCUGCCGGAGGGAGUUGAGGUCUGCGGCUGCAGGCUUCAGCCUCACUACUGUCAAUUAAAAUGUGGACCGGUUUCGAUUUUUAUGUAGAGGCUUCAGCGCUGGGUUUUAUGUUUUUUAAUCAUUUUAUCAUUAAUUGCACUUGUAAUCUUGUUAUUUAAAACUUUAAGGACUAGUUUGAUUAGUUGGUUAAGUGCAUGUUACUUAGCUAUGAGCCGAUUAUGUGUUUGAUAGUCGUCAACCUUCUCGCUAUUCGCUUCUAGAUCCGGCCAAAAAAAUUUAUCCAAUGGACGACGAUAGAAAAGUGGAUCAGUGACA